UCAUCUUCUUCAUCUUCAAACUUCACAAUUCACAAUUCACAAUUCAUAAAAGAAGCAAAGAGUUUAUAACUUCUCCAAUCAAGAAAAAAGAAAAAAAGGAUGGGUUCAAGGAGCAAAGCAUGGUUAGUAGCUGCAAGCAUUGGAGCCUUGGAAGCAUCCAAGGAUCAGUUAGGCAUGUGUCGGUGGAACUACUUGAUCAGGUCUGUGAACCAACGUAUCAAGAACAACGUCAGAUCCGCUUCUCAGGCUAACAGAUUCUCCUCUUCGUCGACUACCACCGCCGCCGCUGUAGCUUCCGUUAAGGAUGAUAAUAAUAAGGCGAAGCAAGCUGAGGAGUCUCUUAGGACAGUUAUGUACUUGAGCUGUUGGUGUCCUAACUAAAAUUCAGACCGGGGCUCUUGUUGUGUAGUAGAUUAAUUAGAUGGGUAUUGCAAAAUGAUAAUUAAUUGUAGAUAUAUGUUUAUGAUUAAUCUAAUAGAAGAUGAAUUUUAUACAACUCAAACGAGGUUUACUAUUUGUUUCAAA